AGCUCUGCUUCAGAAGCCUGGAUGACCUUGUGAUUAUUACAUUCUCACCAUGUUUACCUGGAGGAAUAUGUUUUUUUUUUUUUUUAAUAAAUACUUAGAGUAUUAUUUUAUGUUUUCCCCAUGGUGCACAUAGCUCUAAAAUGACAGUCACAGCACAUGCAUUACAACCUUUAAAACUAUGUGCACGAUUUAUGGUCAUUUCGAAAUGAUUCAGCAUUACCUUACACAAGUCCCAUAACAUAAGGGUGAAUUUCCUAAGCCUAAUCUUGGGUUAAAAUUAUGUGUCAUUAACGACAAUAGAGAACAAGACUAACCUGAUAAUCUAAUUUCUUUUUUAGAGAAUUAGAGCUGCUGCUGAAGGUCAGACACACAGGGGCGCCUGUACCUGCGGUUCACGCUUGCAUUGACGCGGUAUGGCCAGUAGGUGGCAGUGUAACACCGCAGGAAAAGGCCUUUCCAUCACUACACUGUUCAGAAGUCAUACUGGACAGGCCAAAAUUCUUAUAGUGAAACUCCAGCUUAAAGAAAAAUCUGUCAAGUGUCUACAUCUAUGUAGACAUAAUACGUAUUAGGGUGUAUUGCUUAGACAUUAUGUAUGCCUGUGUAAUGCUCUAAUGCCAUGAGAAACGAUGGUCAUUGUGUAGAUGAGAAGAGCACAGAGUGGUGAGUGGAAGCUGGUUCAGGUAAUCCAAUCAGGCUGGCUGAGAGGAGGCUGGAUCACCACCAGCUUCACUCCGCCUCAGGUGAGCUCAUUCACCCAGCAUGCACACAGGUAAUACCGACUCUGCUCAUUUGCUUCUGUUUUUAUAUAGCCUCUAUAUUUAUAUUGGUUCUAGUUCAAAUAACCGGUGACAUUCCCAUAUAGGCUAUUUGUAAAUAUAAAAAUCCCAGCUAUAUACCCAUGUACGUGUUUCGCCUCAGGCUUCACUGGUGUGUCUGUGUGAAAUCUUGUUUUCAGUGAUGCCGGGACGAAUAAUAACCAAUAAUAAUUCGGGUCGAAUAAUAACUUUACUUGUUUUCUUUUGAUUGCAGAAGCUGCACUUGAGCUAAGCAUUUGAACUAAGCUAAACGUUAAACACUAUUUCAACCAGGCCAGCUCAACGCCACACGGCAGGACUAAGCGUUGUGGUGGUGUUUGAGCUAGUUUUUUGGGCCAAAGUGUCCGAAUUGUUUUGGAUUUAAAAUGGCGUCAGAGAGUUCCCGGCUUUUCGGCAGCUUGUUGCGCGAGCGCUGUCCGCGGUGCUGGAUAUAAACACCUCACAGGAUGGAUGCUGCUUACACAGCUCUUCACAUUACUGUCCAACUUAACUGCUUAGCCUUUAAGGGAAAUAUUGUAAUAAGUCCCAGUUCUGAGCAGUUAUGCCUUUGUUUAAGGAACAUCUUACUUAAACUGGGGAGAGUGUAGGCCGUGUAACUAUUCCCUUUCUGGAAUGUAUUACCUGCUCAUAUCACCUUACGUCCCUUGGGAAAUCAUCGACAUUGCAAGCUGCUCCUCGGAGAUCGCCCAUCCUUCGUCAUCUUUGUUUAUGAGUAGGUGAAGGUCAGGAAGAAGUGGAUAAGUGACUAUUGUCAUGCAUGUGAACUGUGAAGGGUUACUCCAGCCAUUGUUUAGCCAGAGGAAGCUCUCACUCUGGACAAAAAGACCAGGUGGAGCACUUACAGAGAGUAUCCUAACAUCCUCAAAAGUCUACUUGGAUCCACUGUUUUUUAUUGCUUUGCCCCUUCGACAUAUGCUGGAACCAUGCAGAAUAACACUCUUGGCAAAUAGUGCAGGACCCUUACGGUCUUGUUCUCUUGUGCCAUUGUGACAGUUUCCCUUAGCACAGUCCAUCUUGUGGAGUCUCCUUCCUGUGCCUGACACUGACAUACCAGACCUCCAGUAUAGUUGCUCCCUUUCCUUGUUGAACCCCAAUCCCUGAAUGAGGGUUCGAGGGGGGGUCCCGAUCCCCAUCUCGCCAUGGCUUAUUCGUCUGCUGAGUCUCGCAGAGAGAUGACGAAUGGGGCCCAUCCUAACACCCAUCCAGGAGGCCCGGGAACCUCCACGUUGCCACGAUACUUGCACAAGAAGCAACAGCGGCAGAAGGGAAUGAGAUCUUCCUCCCCAAUGGGUAGAGUCAUCCUCAUCAAUGCACCUGUGGAUGGUGGGGAUGAUAGUGAAGACAUCCACACAAUCACUGUGGACAAGAGUGAAGAUGGUAGGCUGGGCUUCAGCGUGCGUGGUGGCUCAGAGCAUGGCCUUGGCAUUUUUGUUAGCAAAGUGGAGGACAAUAGCUCUGCAGAAUUUGCAGGGUUGUCUGUUGGGGACAAGCUGGUGGAGGUGAAUGGGAUCAGCCUGGAAAGCAUCACCAUGAGCAGUGCUGUGAAGGUUUUAACAGGGAACAACCGCCUGCGCAUGGUGGUUAGGCGUGUAGGGAAGGUGCCUGGAAUCCGCUACUCCAAAGAGAAGACCACAUGGGUGGAUCUUAUCCACCGAAGGAUGGUAGUGGAAGAGAGUGGUCGCACCCCCUCCGAGGUCAGCUCAGAUGGAGCUUUGCGCCGGAUAGUGCACCUCUACACCACCUCAGAUGAUUACUGCCUGGGCUUUAACAUCCGUGGUGGCAAAGAGUUUGGCCUGGGCAUCUAUGUCUCAAAGCUGGACCCUGGUGGCUUGGCAGAGCAAAAUGGUAUUAAAAUGGGAGACCAGAUUCUGGCAGCAAAUGGAGUGAGUUUUGAAGAUAUUACACACAGCAAUGCCGUGGAAGUCCUGAAGAGCCACACCCAUGUCAUGCUCACCAUUAAGGAGGCUGGGAGGUAUCCUGCAUAUAAGGAGAUGGUAGCAGAGUACAGCUGGCUCAAUAAAUUGGCUAAUGGGGGCCAGCCAGCCUCCUCUCAGGGUUCAGACUCCUACUCGUCCACCUCCUCUCUGUCCUCUGGGACACCAGUCAGCUCCCUCAGCGGCCUCUCUCAGGUCAUGUUUCCCCCUCCAUUUGGCUCAGAAAUGGUGGAUGUGUGCAUCUCUACUGAGGAUGUCUCAUCACGCAGGCCCAGCUCUGAUCGCACUGAGACAGCCAUCCAGACCGACCCCCUGGAUCCUGACACAUCACCCCAACCCACCAGGGUCAUCUCCAUGGACACCAGCCGGCUGGUUGGUGAGACUGUUCUUUUGAAGGACACAGUGAUCAGGAGUGGCAGUUUUGAUAAGAGUCGUGAAGCACAAAAAAGGACAUUUUCUGCAGGAGACAAGGAAAUUCUGGACUCUCCAAAAACUGCAGUGCUAAUGGCUCUCAGUAAACCUCGCAAACCCAUCCGCCGAUCCCAGAGUCAUAUCACUGUCUCAGAGGACAAGCAGAAGAAGAAGAAACAGCAGCAGGCAGUGAAGGCUGAGGCCUCUGGAAGUACCCUGCAGCGCUCCAAAACUUUUGUCAGUCUGCUGUUCAAAAGUGGUCGAAGAAGAGACAGAUCUGCCUCUAGAGACAGGAAAGAUAUGGGGACAGGAGAGCGGCAUCGAGCACGUUCCAAAUCACCAGCGGCCAAAGAGCGCAGCCGGUCCAUCAUUAAUCUCCUGAGUUCUCCACGGGAGACGCGUGCUGGUGUGUGGGAGCCCGAAACGAUGCCCAGUCCCGAGACCAUGGCCAUGGUGGAGAGCAUGGCGUGCAAACUGCUGAGUGAGGAUGAGGUGGCUGCAGUAAUGAGACACUGCAACAGGUUUUUGGCAGAGCGGGUGGUGGAGGACUUGGUACGCCCCCUGCUGGCUAUCCUUGACAGACCUGAAAAGUUGCUGCUGCUGAGGGAGAUCAGAAUGAUCAUCCCCCCAACAGACCUGGGUCGGUUUGACAGCAUGGUAAUGCCUUUUGAACUGGAGGCCUAUGACAUUUUAAAGAGCCGCUCUGUGCGCUCCCCGGUUCUACGCUCUCCUCGGCAUGGUGGAACUCCACGCCGCCAUCUCAUAACACCCAUCCCAGACUACAGGGGAGGCUUCCAGCUGCAGGCUGUGCAGGAUUUGGAGCGAGAUCGACAGCUGAUGCAGGAGCUGGAGCGGCUCAGACUGGCCGGCCUCCCCACUGGCAAGCUCCCUCCUCCCCGAGCCUUCACACCUCUGUUGGACAUACCCGUGGACAGCUACAUUUCUGGCUCCAUACGGCAGCGCUCCUUAAGCCCACCUCGCCCCAAACAGCUGCUUGACGAGUCCCCUCACAGCACAGAGUGGCGUGGACGUUCUCCUAAAAAACAAGAACAUGAUUUGCCCCAAAUGGCAAGCCAUGGUAAUAGCACUCCAGAGCGGGGAAGAUCACCAUACAGGAACGGCCAUGGCAAAGCUACAAGGGCCAGAUCUGGCAAUGGAAGAGAGGUUAAGUACACAGUGAUGAGUGCACACAGGAGGAGCAGAACACCACUAACGCAGGUAUUUGGGCCAGACAUGCCGCAUAAUCCAAUGGAAAGGGAGCAGGCAAAUGGACAUGCUGGUUCCUCAGAGAACAGCCAAGACAGUCUGACAGUGCAAGACUAUGAGCUGACCACCGUAUUCAUCUCUAAGUGCAAACAGUCUCUCGGUAUAAGUAUCUCAGGGGGCAUUGAGUCCAAGGUUCAGCCAGUGGUGAAGAUUGAGAAGAUAUUUCCAGGAGGAGCUGCCUCCACCAGUGACGUGCUGAAGGCUGGAUUUGAGCUUGUGUCAAUUGAUGGAGAAUCACUCCAGGGAGUCACACACCAGCAUGCAGUGGAUGCCAUAAGGAAGGCUUUCAGCAACAAGGCCAAAGAACCCAUGGAGUUUGUUGUCAAAAUCCCGAAGAACCUGAAAGCCUAAAGCAAAAUCUCCUGUACUGUGCUGUACUAUAGAGACAGAUUGAGACCCAGAGCUCAGGUCAUACUGUACAGGCUCUGAAGAGAAAACAGAAAACCUGAAAGAACACAUCUUAUGAUAAGGGAAGCUACAUGGAAAAGCAAAGCUGCCACUGUACAAUGCGAAUCCAUUGCUGAACCAACAUGCCCAAAGGGUGAUGUCUGAAAGAGGGCUUUCAAAGAGAGUUAUUGUGGCUUUAUAAUCAUUGGGCUUUUGGACCAAAGUGUUUAUGUCUGGAGAGUCAAUGAAGAUUCAGUGACAUAGCAUUAUUAUCAAUGCUUGAACAUGUUUAUUUAAGAUCAUAUCUACUUCAUAUCUUUUCCAUUCCUCAGCAGUGAAGAAUUUGUGUGUAAAUUUAGCAUUAAUUCUGCUAGUGCAAGAAGUAUGUUGGUAUGGAUCAUUACAUUAUAACACUACAACACAUCCUCCAAAAACAGGGAGUACAAAGUUCUGGAGCAAAGAUUACACAAGAUUAUGAUAUGAUAUGAGAUUUAUACUGAAUUUAUAAUUUACUAUUUUAAUUUAGUUCUAUCAAUUUUAAUCUUGUUUGGUCCCUUGAGGUAUUGCUUUGA